ACACAUUCCUGUGACUCCUGCAGAGCUGCUCAGACUCGACACUUUACACAUAGAUAAGUCAGACUCUAACAUGGGACCAAUGAUCGCCGUAGUCGUCGAGGUGGUCGUGACAGGAAUAGCUGCCAUAGCCACUAUGUAGCUGCUUUGGUAGAAGUUGGGGUGGAAUCUAUGGUGGCGGCUGGAGAAGCUGCAGUCACUGCAGCAGAGACAGCAGCAGAAACCGCCGCAGAGGCAGCAGCCGAAAGUGCAACAGAGGCAGCGAGUGAAUCAGCAGCUGAGGUGGCAUCCAGCACAGCGGCACAAAUCAACAAACUCAACCAGAACAAAAGACCAAUCAAAGAUGCCCAGAUUACAACCAUAUAUCGCAGCAUGAUCCGUAUCGUGUCAACAUUUGAGUCUCUUGCUCAGUUCAAAGAGGAAAAACAAAGCAAAAUAGCUGCAUUGGCAUCACUUCCUGUCAGCAUGAAGGAAGCAGAGGAGUGGAAGCGUGAGCUGGGUUCUGAUGAUGUUCCGACUCUUCAUCUCCUACUUCUGCCUAUGUUCAGGGAUCCAAGAUGGCAGUGCGAGUACAUCGUGAGGCUCAGGGUCUCUCCAGAAUCUGCAAUUUUGCGGUAUUUUUGUUGCUUAUCUUGGGUCUGUUCGUGCAGAACAGCUGUGCCUAUACAUCGUACAUCAGACAUGAGCUUUUGGAUAUUGGUUUACGACUUCCCGACAGUUUUAUUGACAACCUUCAACUCCUUCCUGAGAUCGCCAGAACAACCGAGGCCCGCUGAUGCAAAUUUCACACUCAAGGAAAGGUUUCUACACACAGACUGGGGUACAUUUGCUUCUCAGCCCACCAGUGGCACUCACAUGGAUAUCGAUUGUUACACCUCCUCUGUACUGGAUUACAUCAAUACCACCAUAGAUAGUGUUACUACCCAGAACAGAUCAUCACAUACCCAAAUCAGAAGCCAUGGAUGAACAAGGAGGUGCACCUCCUGUUGAAGGCACGCAAUACUGCCUUCAGAUCAGGCGACACACAGGCCUACAGCACAUCCAGAGCUAACCUUAAGAGGGGCAUCAAAGAGUCCAAGCACUGCUACAAGCGGAAGAUAGAGGAGCAUUUUUCCAUCUCUGACCCUCGACGCAUGUGGUAAGGCAUCCAGGUCAUCAGUGAUUACAAAUCCUCCCACUCUACCCAC